UUCCGGGAUACUGGGACGAGUCAAAGACAGCUGGAAUGUCGUCAUCAAGCGACGCUGAAAGUGCUUGUUAAAGUAGCAGAAAAAGACUGAGCAGCGAAAGAGGUCAAAUCGAAGGGAACAUUUCUUCAGGGGAGACUGUUCAGAAGACAAUGGAGUCACCAGUGUGCAAGGAUGGCCGAACAUUUGUCGAGGUGAUCAAUGAAAAGUACAGUCCGGAGAACUUUCCGUGCCGUCGAGGGCUUGGCAUAGGGGUAGUGGUGGUGCCCACUGCAUCUCCCCAAGGUUCCCCCAUGAAAGACCGUCUGAACUUGCCCAGUGUGCUGGUGUUGAAUGGAUGUGGAAUCAGCAGGGCAGGAGACCAGAGUGAAAUUGCUGCCUUCUGUGCCCAUGUCAUGGAGCUGGACCUGUCCCAUAACAAGCUGCAGGACUGGCAUGAGAUCAGUAAAAUUGUGUCAAACAUCCCCAAUCUGGAUUUCCUUAAUCUGAGCUCCAACCCGCUAGCAGGGAUGACCCUUGAGCCACAGUGUGCUGAAGCCUUUUCUCGGGUCCGACGCCUCGUCCUUAACAACACCCAAGUGUCCUGGGACACUGUGAUGCUGCUCACCCGUGAGAUACCCGAGCUCGAAGAGUUGUUCCUGUGCCUUAAUGAGUACAGUUGCGUGCGAGCCACCAGCGUGGCCUGCCCCAGCCUCCGCCUGCUUCACAUCACAGACAACAGCCUACACGACUGGGCCGAAGUCCGCAAGUUUGGAUCCAUGUUUCCUAGCCUGGACACUCUGGUCAUGGCUAACAACAACUUAGCAUCAAUACAGGACAACCAGGAUAUCCUACAACGGCUCUUCCCCAAUCUUCGCAGCAUCAACCUCCACAACUCAGGUCUUAAUCAAUGGGAAGACAUUGAGAAGCUGAACUUCUUUCCCAAGCUGGAGGAAGUGCGAUUACAAGGCAUCCCCCUACUGCAGACGUACACCAAUGUAGAGCGGCGCAGCUUGAUGAUAGCACAACUUCCCUCCAUAUCCCUGCUGAAUGGCAGUGUUGUAACUGAAAGUGAGAGAGAAGAUGCCGAGAGGUUUUUUAUCCGUUACUACUUGCACUGUCCUGAGGAAGAGCUGCCUCACACAUACCAUUGUCUGAUAAACAAGUAUGGGAAGUUGGAACCUCUGGCCGAGAUCGACCUGCGACCACGUUGCCAUGCUCAAGUUGAGGUUCACUGUGAAGAAAAAGUGGAACAGCUCAACAUCCGUUUAGACCAGACAGUGGCCGAGCUGAAGAAGCAGCUGACGUCAGUGGUGCAGCUGUCUACCAACAGGAUGAGGCUGUAUUAUAUCGACAAGAACAGCGCUUUUGGCCCGGACGAACUCAAGUACAACACGCGAGCACUUCACUCCUACAAUAUCCAAGAUGGUGAUGAGAUUCUUGUUGUGCCCAAGACGAAGUGAACCGCUGGCUGCCAGCUGGUCAUUUUCUUUACCGAAUGAUUAAUUGGCUUAGUUGUGGAUUGGUUAGCUGACUUUGGAAAACGAUUAUAAUGUGUAUAUCUCAUAGCUCUAGAGCCUGUGUGAUAAAAUGAAGAGUAAAAACGAAGAUGAGCUUCAUCCCGAUGUCUCAACACUGGACCGCAGUGUGCUGCUGGGUUGCCACUGGUCUUUUACUGUAAUUAGCUUUAGUUUAUGGCAUCCACUGAGAUGCAGCAAGUGGAGGACUGAUCAAGAGAGAAAACAUGUAGGCACCACAAAGCUUCCAAUGGGAUGGUACUGCUGCACCUUUAUCUCUGCAUGAAUGCACCAUAACUGCAUUGACAAGUGAGCAACAACACUUGCUUGGCCAAUUGUAGCAAAAGCUACAUCGGACCAUCAAGAGGCAGUGCUGCUAAGUGGAACCAGUAAGCGUUGAGAACGGCAUCAUUUGUAAUCUUCAUUUCCCAACGGCGUCUUAUAGACAUCUUCUAGAUUCAUUUUGUUCUUCAGUUGUGUUUAUUUAAAGCAGAUGGCACAAACCCAUGUUAUAUCAUACUCCAAAACUACUUGACCUUUUUAGAGCCAUAACUGUGUUAAGAAUGAGGGAAAAAAUAUAUAAGAAUUUAGAUGGAUGGAUCCCGUUUGUAGAUAGUACAUUUCCUUUACAGUGCCUUGAAAAAGUAUUCAUACCCCUUGAGCUUUUUCACGAUGUGACCUCACCAUCAUAAAGUUGAAUGCAUCUUGUUGAGAUUUUAUGUGAUAGACCAACAUAAAGUAGCACAUAAUUGUGAGGUGCAAUGAAAAUGCUAUACGAUUUUCAAAAUGUUAAGCACGUAUACACUUGAAAAGAGUGAUGUGCUUUUGUAUUCAGCCCCCUGUACAUUGAUAACCCCUAAAUACAAAAGACCCUUGCAGCUUAAACGCAGCGAAAGGUGGCUCUACAAAGUAUUGACGCAGGGGGGGUUGAAUACAAACGCACACCACAUUUUUUAACCUUUUUAUUUGCUUAAACUAUAGCAUUUCCAUUCCACUUUACAAUUGUGUGCUACUUUGUUGGUCAAUCACAUAAAAUCUCAAUUUUUUAAAAAAAAUUACGUUUGUGGUUGUAAGCUGGCAAAAUGUGAAAUAGUUCAAGAGGUACGAAUACUUUCUCAAGUCACUGUAGUCUAAGAAUUAUCCACAGUGAUCUUUGAUAAGCUAAAACAAAACUGUUUUCACAUCUUUGUUUUUGAAAAAGCAAUCAAUAUGCAAAUAUUAAAAAUUAAAUGUUUAAGCAUUUAGCAACAUGACACUAACUGUUAUUUUGUUUGUCCACUAAAGGCUUCAUAAAUCACUGAGUGUAUCUUUUACAUGAUUCCUGUAAAGUUUCAUAUACAACCCCAAUUCCAAUGAAGUUUGGACUUUGUGUUAAACAUAAAUAAAAACAGAACACAAUGAUUUGCAAAUCGUGUUCAACCUAUAUUUAAUUGAAUACACUACAAAGACAAGAUAUUUAAUGUUCAAACUGAUAAACCUUUAUUAUUUUAGCAAAUAAUCAUUAACUUAGAAUUUUAUGACUGCAACACGUUCCAAAAAAGCUGCGACAGGUGGUAAAAAAAGACUGAGAAAGUUGAGGAAUGCUCAUCAAACACCUGUUUGGAACAUCCCACAGGUGAACCGGCUAAUUGGGAACAGGUGCGUGCCAUAAUUGGGUAUAAGCUCCUUAGCUUCAGUCAUUGCCAAGCAAAGAUGGGGUGAGGUUCACCUCUUUAUGAACAAGUGCAUGAGAAAAUAGUCGAACAGUUUAAGGACAAUGUUCCUCAACGUACAAUUGCAAGGAAUUUAGGGAUUUCAUCAUCUACGGUCCAUAAUGUCAUCAAAAGGUUCAGAGAAUCUGGCGAAAUCACUGCAUGUAAGCGGCAAGGCCGAAAACCAACAUUGAAUGCCCGUGACUUGGGAUCCCUCAGGUGGUACUGCAUCAAAAACUGACAUCAAUGUGUAAAGGAUAUCACCACAUAGGCUCAGGAACACUUCAGAAAACCAAUGGUAGUAAAUAGUUAGGCGCUACAUCCGUAAGUGCAACUUGAAACUCUACUAUGCAAAGCAAAAGCCAUUUAUCAACAGGCCCAGAGAAGCCGGCGGCGUUUCUGGGCCCGAGCUCAUCUGAGAUGGACUGAUGCAAAGUGGAAAAAGUGUUCUGUGGUCCGACGAGUCCACAUUUCAAAUUGUUUUUGGAAAUUGUGGACGUCGUGUCCUCCGGGCCAAUGAGGAAGAGAACCAUCCGGACUGUUAAGGACACAAAGUUCAAAAGCCAGCAUCUGUGAUGUAUGGGGCUGUGUUAGUGCCAAUGGCAUGGGUAACUUAUACAUCUGUGAAGGCACCAUUAAUGCUGCAAGGUACAUACAGGUUUUGGAGAGACAUAUGCUGCCAUCCAAGUAACAUAUUUUUCAUGGACACCCUGCUUAUUUCAGUAAGACAAUGGCAAACCACAUUCUACACAUGUUACAACAGCGUGGCUUCGUAGUAAAAGAGUGCGGGUACUAGACUGGCCUGCCUGCAGUCAAGACCUGUCUCCCAUUGAAAAUGUGUGGUGCAUUAUGAAGCGUAAAAUACGACAACGUAGACCCCGGACUGUUGAACAGCUGAAGCUGUACAUCGAGCAAGAAUGGGAAAGAAUUCCACCGACAAAGCUUCAACAAUUAGUGUCCUCAGUUCCUAAACAUUGAUUUUUGUUAAAAGGAAAGGUGAUGUAACACAGUGGUAAACAUGCCAUGGCCCUGUGGCUCAGUUGGUCGAGUCAGUCAUCCACUGACCAAACAAUUAGCAGUUUAAGUCCCAGCUCUGACUGUCUGCUAUUUAAGCAUCCUUGGGCAAGACACUGAACCUUAACAUGCCUCCAGGUUGGCAUUGUAAAUGAGAAGCUGUUCUCAGUGGCCCUACCUGGUUAAACAAAGUAAACAUGCCCCUGUCCCAGCUUUUUUGGAACGUGUUUCAGGUAUCAAAUUCAAAAUGAGUCAAUAUUACCUAAAAAUAAAUAAAUUAUUUUUUAAAAAUUAAAGUUUAUCAUUUCCAACAUUAGAUGUAUUCUUGUUGUAGUGUGUUCAAUAGAAUAUAGGUUGAAAUGCAUUUGGGAAUCAUUAUAUUCUGUUUUUAUUUACGUUUUACACAACGUAAAUAAAAACGUUCCAUCUUCAUUGGAAUUGAAUGAAGAUGGAAUUGGGGUUUGUACAUAUAAAAAAAAGUACACACUCUACUUAAGUACAAAAGUAAAAAUUAAUUUUGACUGUCAAUUAUAUACAUACCUGUUUUGAUAGCUUGGCACAAACAAACAAAAAACUCUGCACGCACGCUCCUUGUACUGCUGGUACUAAGACAGAUAUUGUUGGCUUAGGCCUUAAUGCCAUAUGGCAUGUUCUCAUAGCUUUGCUAAUAUUGUAAAAGACAAAACAAAUGCUAGUCACCCUAAUGAUAAAAAGUGAAAAAUACACCCUAAUUGUAUGUUUUCAUUGAUUUAUUUUUUGUAAUUAUUAUUUAUUUUAUUCUCUUAAAUAAGGCAAAGAAUGUGGUCUUGCUUCUCCAAAUCUGCUGCAUCGUCGUCGUUAAUGCGCCAACUGCUUUACGUUCGUCCAUGUUGCUGCUGUUCAUGGUUUUUUAGCCUUCCAAGUCUUCAAGAUUGCAGUCAAUCAAAAUCUUAAUCAUGGUUGACUUUUUGACUUUUUUCAUGUCAACUGUAGAGGUUGAAAAAAUGUAAAGCCUAUUUUGACAAAGCAGUCUCUUUUCAAAUAGAGGGAGUAAAACUAAAAAGUCGUCAGACAAAACAUUCAAAGUACAUAUACCUUAAAAAUCUACUUAAGUACGGUAACAAAGUAUUUGUACUUUAUUACUUCCCUUCAAUGGCAUUUAUUUUUCAUAAUUGUAUAAAUUAAUCUAUUAAUCUAUUUAUUUAUUUUUUUGGUAGUGUAUUAUACCCCACAGUAUCCAAUGAUCCUUGCUUUAAACAGUAACUUAUUAAGCUUACAUAGUAUUUAUUGAUAACACCACUGCUGUACUUGAAUAUCAGGAAAUGUAAUUAAUUAAGCUAAAGUAUAAUGACAUAGCACUUGCUUGUUCCUGCACAGUGAGUCCAACACGUAAGUGCUGCAUCAACAUCUAAGUGUACACCCAAGUGUGAAGUUGUUGUGUGUUAAUCAGUGAGAGGUUAGUCUGAAGUGCACAAAUAUUUUCUGGGUGGAUGUCUUUUACAUCACGCAUGUUUAUUGGUUUGCAAGGAAAGUUUGAGUAGUGUGUCUGCUGAAUAAACUUGACCAAAAGUUUUGUAUUA